AUGAGCAGCAUGGCACAAAAAAUUUUGAAUUUAUUGAAAGAAAGCAAUAAUGAAACUCAUGCUCAUGAAGAUAAGGACGAUCAGAGCAGCGAAGCUCCUUCACUGGACGAAGCUGUCCGAAAGGAACUUUUCAUUGACUCUGAUGAUUCUAUUAGGGAUCCAGAUUUUGAACAACCCGGGACUUCAUCUGGUAGUGAAAGCGAUGAAGAUGUAACAAUUCAAAUAAUACAACGACAGACAACAGCAAAUAGAGAGGAGCAAGUUAUUGCCAACAAUACCAAUAGAGCCAGACAUAAUAGGGGCAAAAAGCGUGCAAUAAAAGGAGAUACGAGGGCUGUACGACAGCACAGAAAGGAGAAACGUAAUACUGCCCAGGAAUAUGUAAAUUCCAAAGGAAAAAAAAGAGCUGCACGACCAUGCAGCCUUUUAAACCUUGCAGAAAUAAGUGUAGAGAAAAUGUUUCUGAAGAAGAAAGACAUAAACUCUUUACUGAAUAUUGGGCUGUGCGGGAUUAUAAUAGAAGAACAGCUUAUGUUGCUGGUUUACUUGAAAUUAAGAAAAACGCAGUAUCAAGACCCCGUACGUCUGUCCCAAAUAAAAGUAAACACCGCAUGA